AGCCUUGUCUAGUAAUUGCCUCAAGAUGAAUCAGAGAGAUUUCUUCACUUGAGGUUGAAGGUGAGGGCUGGAGUGCCUUAUAAAAACCUCCCCGGCUCCGUACUCCUCACCAGUGCUGUCUUCUUGCUACAUUUCUACUUUCCUGCACGUUGAAGGGUUGGGAAGAUGACUAAGCUGGAAGAACACUUGGAGGGGAUCAUUAAUGUCUUCCACCGGUACUCAAGCCGGGUGGGGGAUCCUGACACCCUUUCCAAGGGUGAGCUGAAGCAGCUGAUCACAAGGGAACUUACAAACACCCUCCAGAAUACCAAAGAUCAACCUACCAUUGACAAGAUAUUCCAAGAUCUGGAUGCUGAUAAAGAUGGACAGGUCACCUUUGAUGAAUUUGUAGUCCUGGUGUCUCGCGUGCUACAGACUGCCCAUGUCAAUAUCCACAAAGAGUAGAAAGCUCUGAGGGGCUUUUCUCCAGCAACGUCCCCAAGAAGACCUUUCCUUCUAAUCACCAAAGCCCAGCCUCACAUAGUGAGAUGAGAAUUAAUAAAUGUAUUCUUGAAAAGUU